AAAAAUUUUUAAAAAAUAAUUAAAAAAAAAAACUCUAUAUUUGGCGCGAAAUGUGGAUUCAAUAUCUCAUAAUACAGUUACUAACUUCAGGGAAAAGAGGGACAGUUUUUACAUGACACGAACACUCUCUCUUCAACCAAUCCAUCAAACAGGUGGCUGAGGCCUCAGAGAGAGAGACAGAGAGAUUUCUCAAUCACAAAUCCAAUAAUCAUGGCUCAAGCACAGCCCCAUCGCGAGAUUGAAGAAGAAGAAAAAGAAAAAGAAAUAUCCCAUCAUGAUAAGGAAUUGAAAGUAACAAUCAAAUCCAAACCGUGUGAGAGUGUUAGUAGUAGUAGUACUAGUUCGCCCUUCAAACUCAAUGCUCAGGCACCUGAAUUCGUCCCAAGAUCUCAUUCUCCCACCACCGCCGCUCAGACCCAGAUGCCAAUUUCUGGUUAUUUCUAUCCUUGCUUUCAUUAUCUUGGAGCUACUGCUGGAUCUGACUGGUUUUUCCUUGGGGAACAAGACCCUCAUGCCUAUUUGAUCUCUAAUCCAAAUCCUGCUUUGCCCAAUUCCUCCAAUAAGACUACUCUUCUUACCGAUGAUCUUCGCCAGAAGAUCCUCAAACAGGUGGAGUACCAGUUCAGUGACAUGAGUCUUCUUGCAAAUGAGUCCAUGUCAAAACACAUAAGCAAAGAUCCUGAAGGUUAUGUACUGAUAUCUGUCAUUGCUUCCACGAAGAAAAUGAAGUCCCUAGUCAAUAAUAACCAUUUGCUUGCCCAGGCACUCCAGUCCUCUUCAAAACUUGUUGUCAGUGAAGAUGGCAAGAAAGUUAAACGUAAAGUCCCUUUUACUGAGAAAGACAGAGAAGAAUUGCUGUCUCGUACUGUUGUGGUGGAGAAUUUGCCUGAAGAUCACUCUCAUCAAAACCUUGAGAAAAUAUUUAGUGUGGUUGGAAGUGUAAGAACCAUCAGAAUAUGUCAUCCUCAAGAAUCCAAUUCUUCUCGUAAUAAAAGUGAUUUCUUCAUGAGCAACAAGCUGCAUGCACUUGUGGAGUUUGAGAAUCCAGAUACAGCAGAAAAAGCGGUUGAGAAGUUGAAUGACGAAAGGGAUUGGAGGAAAGGCCUUCGAGUUAGGGUGCUGCCCAGAUGCUCCCCAAAAUCUGUUCUCAAGAGCAGAAAGUCUGACUUCGAUGGCCUUUUGGAUGAAGAAGAUUUUCCAGUUCCUGAAUCAAAUGAAGAUUCUUCUCAAAUGCACAAUGCAGAACCUGCCACAGAGAGUAAUGUGGAAGAAAAUUCAGGGUCAUUGAAGAAGGGAUGGGCAAAAGGUCGUGGCAAGGGCAGAGGACGUGGUCAAAGCCAUGGUGGGCGAGGCCUGCUUGCCCCUUCCCCACAGUCUGUUAGCUCUCCCCAGUGUGAAGCGUCUGGUAAACAUACCUUCAGGGGUCCAAGAAUGCCAGAUGGGACCAGGGGUUUCACCAUGGGUCGUGGGAAGCCACUAGGAAGUCCAGCUGUGGGCAGUCCAAUGGUGGAAUAAAUGGGUAUUUUUGUUUUUUAAUCAAUUAGUUACUAAGUGGCUUAGUUACUAUUAAGCUGCUCUACAUUUUUUUAUAUAGUUAGAGAAGCAAGAAUUGGUUACGGAGCCAAUAAGGUUUGGCCUGUUAUAUGACUUUAGGCACUGUGGAUGUUUCUUAAUAAUCUGAGGUGUAUAGUAUGGUUUGUCUCUGUGACAACCGCUGUAGGAAUUGCAAUAUUCUCCUUGCAUGACAUUUUUGGAUGGUUUGUUGUUCUGGGUUGGAUUCUCUGUGUUGUUGAUUGUAUAAACACUUUGAAUAAUGAAUUUGAGGGGUACAUCCAUCUCUCUCUCUCUCUCUCA